UCGCGCACAAAAUUCCCAGCUCUUUAUGCGCGGGCUCGAGCAGACGCGGAGAAGAAGGUGCUCGACGGGAUUAGCACAGAAUUCACAUGCAAAACCCCGUACCGUUGUAAAACUGAUACACACGCGCAGCUGAAUCGGUGACAUAUAUGUCAAUGUUUGGUCUUUGAGUUCAUAUCUCAAUGUCCCCGGCUGGACGAACGAAUGCAGUGUUGAAGUAACGUAAAGCGGCUUUAGUUGCUGACAUGAGUUUUGGAGACGCUUCAGUCAGAACUGAAGGGAGGAGAAUGAAGAGUAGAGCCCCCCCUCCACCUCGACCCCCUCAGCCUGCCCCCCGCAGGAUCUUCCGUAAUGCUGUGCCUGAUGGAGGAGGAUCUUCUGGUGGGGAAAGCAAAGAAAACAUACUUCAAUCCAGCGUAGAUCUCCACAUCACUCUGCCUACUGGGUACCAGACCACCAUCAAUGUGGACGGCAGAAAAGCUCUGAUGGAUCUGUUGGUGGAUCUGUGCAGUCAGUACCAUCUCAAUCCAACAUAUCACACCCUGGAGCUGCUGUCACCUGAUGCUCAGCCUGUCGCCUUCAAGCCCAACGCCCUGCUGGGCGCUCUGGAUGUCUCCUGCGCCCUGAUUAAAGAACGAGUCUUUGAGGACAAAGUGAUACGGAAACCUCCACCCAAAGUGCCAGAGAAAACAGUGCGUUUGGUUGUGAACUAUCAUCGCAAUCAGAAGGCGGUGUUUCGAGUAAAUCCACUGGUCCCCCUGCAUACCUUGGUGCCGGUUAUCUGUCAGAAGUGCGAGUUUGAUCCAGCCCAUGUUCUCCUGCUCACAGACAACAGCAGCAACCACAAGCUGGACUUGGACAAAUCCUUGAGUGAUCUGGAAAUCAAAGAACUGUGUCUGGACCAGACCCUAGUUCGCCAGCCUAAAAUGACUUUGACACCUGCCCUGAGCUACUCAGCAGAAUCUCUUCACUCCACUCAGAGUCUGAGUGGCUCAGAGAGGAAGGGGCUGCUGGGAUUCCUGAAGUUUAAUCGCAGGAAAUCAAAGACCUCUGAGGACAUGGACAGUCUUGAUGGUAAAAGUGUUGUUGACAAUGCUGAUACUAACAAGAAUGGUGUGACCGUGGUGCCAGGUGUCCUGUGCGUGGAGACCCGUCCUAGCACUUUGGGUCAGUCUCAGUCUGUGAUGAACAUCUCCAGGAUGUCCCCGAAUAUGGAAUUAAAAAAACGAAGGGCUCCUGCACCCCCUCCAGCACCCACGCAGACGAUGACAUCCCAGAACCUGUUAAAGAAGCGCAAGGCUCCUGUCCCUCCGCCAACCCCGACCCCCAGUACACCUGAGCCCUUUAUCCCAACUGUUUUACCUACUUCACCCAUGCGGGCCCCCAGCAUCCCAGUGCCAACAGAAAGGACCCUGGUGACAGUUGCCAGCAGCACCGCAGAUCCUGCCGAUGACUCUGAUCUGAGUCACAGUAUUGAGGAUUCAGAGCCGGCCGGGUCCAUCUGCAGUAGCUCCAGCGGUGAUGAUGCUGCCGCAUGUUCCAGCAGCAGCAGUCUGUCUGAGGAACCCGUGGCUCAUCGGGCUCAGGUGAUAGCGGAGUACACCAUAUCUAAACCACAGGCUGUACCUGAAUACAAGGAACCUGUACCUGAAUACAAGGAAGUCCCUGUACCUGAAUACAAGAAACAACAUAUACCUGAAUACAAGGAACCUGUACCCGAAUACAAGGAAGUCCCUGUACCUGAAUACAAGAAACAACAUAUACCUGAAUACAAGGAACCUGUACCAGAAUACAAGAAGGAACGGGUACCUGAACACAAGAAAGAACCGGUCCCCCAGAUCACGACAGGGGAGGAACCAGGUCCCAGUCCCACACUGGAAGAGACCGAUUUAGUGAUGGAGCUAAAAAUGGACGAGACGGAAAAUAACCGCAAUAGUGGAAUAGCAUGGCUACGUUCAGCUCAUGAGAAGGUCGAAACGGUUUCUGUGGGCAGCAGUGAGAGCUUUGCCGACCAGGGCUAUGCAGCGUCAGAGGGCAUGGCAGAGGAGCCAGGUCCGGUUUCUCACUGUGAAAUGAUCCAAUCAGCAUCAUCCGUGAACAUCAUGUCUCUGAAUGGUGGCCCAGCUGUGGCUGUAAAGCAGUCCAAAGACUCUUCCAGUGACAGCGAUGAGGGCUGUGCUACCUGGGGCUCCAGACACAGUGGGAAUAUUCAGCGAGAACAUCAGCCAAUCCAGCGACAGAAUAGUUAUGAAGAGGACCCAGAGAUCACAGCUCAGAUACAUCUGACCCUGGCCGAUUUAGAUGCAAAUCUAGCAGACAUGAAUCAUUCAGAUAGAGCAUCUGUGUUUGUGGAUGAGGAAAUCCCUGUGUCUAUUGUUGACGUGGACAUUCCAGUUACAACUAUCGAUGAAGUUCCUGUUGACAACAGAUCCAACAUCAAGGAGCAUGAGUUGCCAACAUUGUGCACCUCUCCGAACAUCACCAAACAAUCCUGUACACUAUAUGAGGCUAUCCAAAACAAAAACAACAAUGCCUGCCUGACGGUGAAGAAUGUGAGACCGUCCUCAGGCAUUCAGAAGCAGUUGCAAGAGCCUACGCUUCCAGACAUGAAGAAAAACGUGAGUCCAUCUCCAGAUGAACAGAAGCAGCUGAAAGAGCGUAAACCUAUAGACAUUAAGAAAAACACAAGUCUACCUUUAGUCGCCCAGAAACAUUCACAAAAGAAUAAGCUCAGAGACAAUAAAGAACAAAAAUUUGACACUAAGGGUAAAGGUGAGACUGAAAUACCAAAUGGACAGAAUAACAUUGUAUCACAGAAGUCUCAAAGUCAGAUGGUGCGUCCUGCUGUUCAAAGCGGUCAGAAGGUUCCUGACUACAGGCUGAACUCUGAACCUGCCGUCCAGAGGCUUAACACAGAGACUGUAAAAAAAGAAAGGACGCCUGCUAUCAAAGCCCCAGCAAUUCAAGGUAAGAUCACCCAGAGCUCAGUCUCCAGAUUUGGAAUGAAGACCUUCGUAGUCAUCCCUCCCAAACCAGCUGUGUCUCAGACACAAAAGCCUGCUGGCUCUCUAGUCGUGGGUGCCAUUAAGAUUGACGAACAGGGAAACAUGGUUACAAGGAGACAGAUAAACACUGUCACAGAGAAAUAUGCCACGAAUGAAGAGGUCACGAGUGCAGGAGAAUCCUCACUAGGACAAGCGAAAGCCUUCUGGAGCUCAGCAGAGAGGGAAGACCAAUCAACUAUGGCCAACCAAGGUAGCACAGUGAAGAAUGAAGAUGCAUCUGGAGUCUUUAAAAUUGCAGAGAAAUCAAUUUUAGAAGAAAGACCCAAAGAGGUGAUUAUUUUGGAAAGGAACCCCAUUUCUGUAGUAGUAAGCAAUCCUUCAUUCCCAGAUCCUGCGCAGAAAUCUUCUUUCACUGGUGAAGGACGAGAUCUCUCCUUUCUGAAACCCUCCAAAAGAACAUCAAGCCAAUAUGUAGCUUCUGCCAUUGCUAAAAACAGCAGCAUUUACACUACUAAAAUAACCACCCUCCAGGAGCCAACAGAGUCUGUUGUCAGAGUUCAAAAACCUUUCAGUCAGCGGCUCAAUAAUGAGAAUAAACCUAAAAAUGCACCUUCAUUGGCUUUGCAAAAACCUGCCACCACUUUAAAACCCACAGAAGGUUCAGUGCCUUCUUUUGCAGGACCCAAACGCUCACAGUCAUACCCCAGAAAUGUAGAAAAGGUGUCGAAUUCUGAAAAUUUCAGAAGUGUUGAAGAAACUCUAAUUGGGGCAGAUAAACCCAAAUCAUUAGAUUCCGUAAAUAAAGUCCAGGUCAUCACACAAACGUCUUCUCACAUUAAACCCAUUGAAUCCUUCUCUAAAAAAGCCACAUCAAUCCCAGACACCACCUCUCACAUACAGAUGCCAACACACUUCACAAGUCAACCUCUUAGAAAGAAGCCAGAACUGCAAAAGACUGAGCUUCAGUCAGAACCCAACCAAACUAACAUGUUCGGACCCUUGAAGAAGAUCAAGCCUGUUGUUUUUAAGCCUGUCCAGAAGGAAGCUUCUCUCCAUAGCUCACUAAUGGAGGCCAUUCAGUCUGGAGAGGGGAUUGAACGCCUUAAAAAGGUAUCUGAUUAUUCUAGUAACCGCACUGGUAAGAAGCCGCCGUAUGUUGAUGCAGAGAACGAGCGUUCAGCACUUCUGUCAGCAAUCAGAGCUCCAACCAACUCAUCCAGACUGAAGAAGACCAAAUCAGGAGCAACUGAAGAGCUGGAGCAGCUCAGGAAGACUGAGGACAACAGAAAUAUCCAGACAGAUAGUUUCUCACCUCCUCCCACCUUUCCUCCAGCUUUCAUGGCACCCCCACCUCCAGCUUUUUGUCCUCCCCCACCUCCAGCUCCAAACAAGCCACCCCUAGUGUUGCCUGCCGGGGGGAACCCAGAGGUGGCUCGAGAUGCUCUUCUGGAGGCCAUCCGCUCCGGCUCCGCAGCCCAACGUCUGAGGAAGGUCCCUGUAACACAGACGAGGAGGCAAGUGAAUGGAAGGCUUGGCACCAUUCAGGCAACGUCUACACUUUCUCACGGACACUAGAAACUUUCACCGGAUCAGAGUUUGGGUUUUCUGGAAGCCAGAGACAAAUCUGGUUUUGUAGAAUUUAUGCUAAUGCUGUUGCAGAUUAUGCUAACGUAGCCUUUUUAUUUAUAGUGAUAUGCUGCUUCACAUGUGUGCCAAUAAUUGUUUGCUUAGUAUCAAGCACUUUAUGUUCUGCUACUGACGUUCUGAGUUUAAUGUUGCAUUUCUAUGCUAACGCUAAAAGGCGUUUGACUUUGCUUUUUCAUACAGGUAGGACUGCCUUCUAUAUCUUUAUCAGUAUUAACCUAAAUAAAUUAUGCUGGUAUAUUCUGCUGUGUCACAGUAUGAGGUGGUGAGCUGCAGUUUAUACAGUACCACCUGCCAGUCACAAUGAUCAUCGGUAAUAUGCUUGUAUCAAUAGUAGGUGGUAAAUUUGUUGAAACUGACAGAUUUGAUUUUCUUUUUUUUCAAAGAUAUUUAUAUAUAUUCAGAAUGAUCGUUAGAUCAUAAGCUAUUUGAUUAGAAAAAAUGUCUGUAGACUACACAUCGAUCUUGAAGAUGUAAAUUGUGUUUAAGGCUUUGUAAAUACAUAUGCCAUACAUUUGGACACUUUAAAAUAAAGUUAUUUUGGAAACAGCGGUAAAGAUACUACGUAUAUGACACGAUUAGACAUUACAUUUACAUUUAGUCAAUGCCUUUUGAAAGCUGCUGAACUGUGAUCUUAAGCUGUCAUGGUGCUUCAGCUUUACUUAUGCCAUUGGGAAUCAUACACUAGAGUAAAUUGUUUAAUAUACAGUAUAUUUACAUAAGUUAUAAAUCUUUUGUUGAGGUUAUGGAGUACUUUAGACAACAUGACAUACCUGUAUGGUAUGUACACUAUAUGUUUCUCGAAUCAAUGACUUGUGUGUACAAAGGCUGAAAGUUGUAUAUUUUGUAAAAAUAUACUUAAAACUAAUAUAAUGUUUAAAAUGUGACACUAUAGCAUUAGUGUAAAGUGAUCUUUUUUUAAUAAUGCCUUUGUAAUGUUAAAAUGUAUAUUUGUUUGCUUUUUGAUUUCAGCUCUAAUUGAUUUAAACUUGUAAAUCAAUAAACUAUUUUUAGUUUAAAUAA